UGUGCAGCGGAAGCGUUUCUUUCCAUUGCGCCGAAACAUGGCUGCCCUUCGAGCGUGCCGGAGGUGGUGGUGUUCAGCGUCGUCUUCAGUUAGCUCUUCUCCAGUCAGCCGGUGGGAGAAGGUGCGAAACAGCAAGAUCAGUGUUUGGUGCAGGAGUCUACUCAACGACUAUAAGGAGGCCUGUCGAGACAUCGUCGGCGGAGCUCGAGAGAAGCCAGGAAAGGCCACCUUCUACAUCGCCUUGCUGGGGUCAGCUGGUGUCUGCGGCCACCUGAACCCAACCAAGGAUUCUUUUGAGUGCAGCUUUCUAGAGGCUUCAAACAAACUGUUGCUUCUGUCUCCUUGGGUAAGGAGUGGGGUCUCGAAUGAACACGUGCAGAAGCUGGCGAAGGUCCAAAACCAAGGCAGACUGCGCUACCUGAGCUUAGUGCUGGCGUCUGUGGUCUACGAGGCCCCAUUUGACCGAGACAGCAUGAUUUAUGAGGCACAGUGCCCUCAUCUCAAACCACGCUGGCUCCAGUUUCCUGAAAGAAUCCUGGACGUGGGAUUUGUCGGAAAGUGGUGGGUCUUGCGGUCCAAAAUGUUUGACUUUGAUAUCAAUGAUGAUGAAUUUAAGCAUCUGCCACAACACAUGCAGACAUUAUCCUCUGGGCAGUUGCACUCGGAAGAAAAUGAGAAGCUUUACUUGGAGAAAUUCAAAACUGUGAUUUUAACAGAGCGAGACAUUCAAGAAGCUGAACUGCAGAAAUCCAGUGGACAACAGUUAUGAAAGGUCUAUUUAAUGAAGUGGGGUCACGUCAAGGUACCCGUCUGUGGCAUUCUGGUGAUUAAACGAACACUUCCUGCAAGAUUGUCAAGGCUCAUUUUUUUGGGUUUCAUUAAAGUUAUUUUUUUAAUUA